CGGCCCGUUGCGACCGCCCGUUCCAACCCUUACGAUCCCGUAUCGCGCAUCGCGCUUAUGCAUACGCUUAUGCAUAUGUCGUAACGCGUGAACGCGUGCGAGGAAUUUUUUCGAGGAUCGACAUUCUCCGAUUCGCUCCUAUCCCGCUUUAAUUCCCGAUCAAGAUGGCACCACAAUGGAGGAAUUCGUCAAUAUAAGGACACGUCAUACGAAGAGGCUAAAUGAAUGCGGAAUUUUGUGAGUGGGAUAUGUUAAUAUACCGGGUACUCCGUCGUGCUUGAAAUAGACGUCACGACGUAAAUUCUUAUCCUCCACGAGAAUGUCCGACUUAUGAGUGGCAUUUUGCCGACGUUGGAAAAAGGACUUAUCUUUCUCGUCUCAUCGACAACAAUUCUUGUAGAAACUUUCCGUCAGACUGAAAGAAAAGACUUUCCUCCAAGUUUUACAGAUAAUAUAUCCCGGGACCAGUUACGUUGUUCUUGAGGAAUUUUCAUGUCGAUCCUGCGAGCGCGGAACGAACUUUCUUCCGACACGUUCUGGGAACUUCCUGGAAAGGUGCAACGCGAUCUACCUUCUGUCUCUCACCACUUUUCUUUAAAAAGUGCUCUCGGUUAUAAACGAACAAUUUUAUUCACACGAUAAUCGCGUUGAGAUACAACACGUUCAAUUGAAAAUUAAGAAGAUCACCUGAAGCGUUCACGGAAUAUCGAAGUGAAAUUCUCAAUUCGUUCUAAUAGCACCGGGGAAGGAUUGCGAGGUAUGAGGAAUGAAGAAAAACGCGCGAAUCAGAUGUAUUUUAAAAUUCUAGGUGCGUCGGACGACAGAAACGAUGACUGACGUAAUGUAACGGCGUACCAAGCGUAAGCGAAAAUUCCGUGAACUCUCUUAAACGAAGAUUCAGUUCCAGGUAAUGUCAAUGCUUAAUUGAGUACGCGAAGCUAACGAAAGGUGUGUCCUUAACAUCGCACGUGAUCCGGCGAGAAGUUGACGAUAACACGAAUUUCCUGCUGCAGGAAGAUUUUAUUAGCGACGUGAUGCGAAAGCUUUCGUUCACGUAAUCGACCAUAAAACAUACAAAAUCGUAAAAGAUCGGCCUAGAACGUAACUUUUCCAUUUGUGUAAGAAAGCUUAGCUGAGCUAAUUGUACGAUGCGUGAUACAACGUACAAUGAAAAGAACGCUGAGUAAUGAGCAAGCAAAGUGAGAAUGAUGGAAGUAAUCGCAAAAUCUUGGUCUCUUUGAAAGUUCUCAUCAUACGACAGACCAGGCGGUACUUUCCUUCCAGGACAAAACGCGAAACAACGAAUAUACUCGCGAAUUCCAGAGACAGUUUUCUUGAUGCUCGGACGAGAAAUUAAUAUGCAAAAACUGUUUCAUCGUAAACCGACGAGCAAAUUUCACGACAAAACAUCAACUUUAAUGAUCAUUAAACGAGACAUAAUGUUGGAGCAAUGUCGAAAAGAUUAAACACAAAACCUUCUCUUAUAGACCAGAGAACAGUCUUUUUCUUUAACCGAGAGAUUAAAGUAAUCAUUAUCGAUUUUUAAUCUCGUCUCUGAUUGUGCAAAAGGAGUCAAGCCGAUACGAAAAUUCGCUGCACUAACAACUACGUUUUCAAAAAAAGAAUAAUUAUAUUGAAGAUUCGAAUAAUAUCGACGGAAAAAUUAAACACAAAACUCUUCUUAUAGACCAGAAAACCAUCAGUCUUUUCCUUUAACUGAGAGAUUAGAAUGAUCAUCAUCGAUUCCUGAUCUCUGAUUGUGCAAAAAGAAACAAAUCGAUACGCGAAAAUUCGCUGUAGUAACGACUAGAAGAGAACAAUUAUAUCGAGGCUUCGAAUAUCGAUGAAAAAAAGUGUACUCAUCUACGGCGAAUAAGCCGCGAGGACAAUGGAAUCUCAUUCGGUGGCAGCCGAUCGGCGGUUUGGGAAACGAUCGGAUUUUGCGGAGAGCGUCCGUGCAUGAAACGUAAGUGGAAGCGAGUUCGGACGUCGAGUCGAGAACUGUCAGUCGACAGUGUCACAACGUUACCCCACGAUUUAAUCGGUGAAAGCACAUAGUAAUUGUGCCAAUAUUGACGGACAUGCCACCAAAACCGCGGUGGAAGUAACGAAAUGUUUUGUCGCGUGAAAGUACAUCGGUGCGUAAUCGAUAAGUGGUCGAAAGUACAUCAUACAAGAAAUGGAUAAGGGGAUCAAAUUAACGAUUUCCUUAAUCAAGCGACUAUGACUUCUCCCCGCGAACGAUUACAAAGAGUACGUGUUCAUCCGCAAAAUAGAUUCAUCCCGUGCGUCGCUGCGAUUUUCCCAAGAUCGAUCAGACGGAAAGAAGCACGAUUUGUCGAUGCGCGAUUCAACGCGAUGUGAUACGCCAGGAUUAAAAGCUCGUGUUUUUCGCGCCGGCAGUUGACGCACUCUCACGAAAGAUCGACCCUGAUUGAGAGAAUUGGUGACACCAGGCGAGCGUGAAACAGAAUUUACGAGCAGUGGCAGCAGCGCGAAUACGACCGAUGGAUGUUCCUCGGCUCUUCGAUUUAGAAACUUACCUCGUGACGACGAAAAGAGAAUGCAAAGAACUUGAAAAUUGUCAUGGUGCCUCGACUGUAACGUGCCCUUCUAUCGCACGAGAACAAGUACGACGAAAAUCUCGUACGACGGCGUUACGUCAGAGUUAUGAAAGCUCGCCCGACUUGGUCGGUUGGUAUGCGCGGUCGACAAGAAUGUGUAAGUUACUUGCCUUGAAAGACGACAACCACGCCGGUUUCUACCUGUAUCAAAUUUCUAUCCCUUAAAUAAAGCGACAAUUGAAUUUUAUGAGCACCGAAGUAUUCCGAAAAUAUUCGGCUUUUGAAAGAGAUAAAUCAAUGCAAACACCCCUGACGAAUGAUGAUCCCAAUAUAUUUGUCAUAACUGUUAGAGAUUAUAAAAAAAAAAAAUCAGUUCGAACCAAAAAUUUGGCUCAUCUCGGAGAGAAAAAAGAAUAGCGAGUAACGGAAGUGUAAACGAGGGAAUGAAGAUUGUGCGCUCCGGGCGAAAGCUCAGCACACUUCAAGGCGAGAUAAGAAAGACGCUGUGAGACACAAAAUUGCAAACGGAAAGGCGGGUAGCGGUGGCGGUUGAAUAGCAGGGUGAAAACGGCGACGGCUUUUCGCUUUUAUACUAGCUUAACAUAAGCGAAGGGAGACCGUGAUAUUCGUGAUGCAGAGCCUCGACGACUUGAUGACGUACAAUUCCACGUCUCACCUCUGGAACGUGACAACCCUGUGGUUCGACAAUGACACCUAUCACAACGGUACCAAUUACACGGAUUUGGCGCCGCGGAAUCAAUUCGUGCUGCCGUGGUGGCGGCAGAUGAUUUGGACGCUUCUGUUCGCCGGCAUGAUCACCGUGGCGACCGGUGGCAAUUUAAUAGUGAUAUGGAUCGUACUGGCGCACAGGCGGAUGCGCACCGUCACCAAUUACUUCCUGGUGAAUCUCAGUAUCGCGGACGCCAUGGUAUCCACCUUGAAUGUCACCUUCAAUUACACGUACAUGCUCAACAGCCAUUGGCCGUUUGGAACGCUCUACUGCAAGAUUUCCCAAUUCAUCGCGGUUCUCACAAUAUGCGCCAGCGUCUUUACAUUGAUGGCGAUAUCCAUUGAUCGGUACAUGGCCAUCGUGAAUCCUUUGAAACCACGUAUGGGGAAAAAGGCGACGUUGUGCGUUGCAAUCAUAAUUUGGAUCAUCGCGGCAAUUUUAUCUUUACCGAUGUUACUUUUCUACACCACGUACACUCAGAACUUCAUGAAUGGCGAAAUCCGCGUCGUCUGCUACAGCGAUUGGCCGAACACAGACGAUAAUGGACUCAGCUACGAUGAAUAUUUGUACAACGUUAUCUUCAUGAUAUUGACAUACUUUUUACCAAUCGGAUCCAUGACGUUUACUUAUGCCAGGGUCGGCCUGGAAUUGUGGGGCUCGCAAAGCAUUGGAGAGGCCACAGCCAGACAACUCGAAAACAUUCGGAGCAAACGGAGGGUCGUAAAAAUGAUGAUAGUCGUAGUAGUAAUAUUCGCAGUGUGCUGGCUUCCGUUUCAUAUGUACUUCAUAGUGACGUCCUACCUACCAGAGAUUACAAAUGAACCGUACAUCCAGGAGGUCUUUCUAGGCAUAUAUUGGCUGGCGAUGUCCAAUAGCAUGUACAACCCUAUAAUUUAUUGUUGGAUGAAUACUAGAUUCCGCCGUGGCUUCGCUCAAUUCUUCUUCUGGUGUCCGUGGGUGCGUGUGACGUCGGAGCCGUCUCUGUCGCGUUCGGAGGCCGUGACGUCCAGAUACAGCUGCACCGGUAGCCCGGAUAUGCAUACCAGAAUAUCGCGGAAUGGCACAGUGCGAAUACCACUGCACCUGCAAUCAGUGAGAGGUGGAAACGACCGGCUAUUGGCUCAUCAUCGCGAUCAUGGCAAAAAAUGGAGGACUUCGCAGACCAGAGGACAUGUGUCCUGACAAGAGGAAGAAAACUCUCAGCAACAACGAGUACACACCUGGAUAUGAAAAUAUCUAGAUAUGAAAAUAUCUAAUUUCCCCUUUAAUGCUGGCGCUCUUUCCGUCAACGAUGCAAUCAGCUCAAUUGCACCUGCGUUUUGCAGCAUCCUGGGAAGGAGCGAUUAUUUCCCGCUGUCAAGCUAGUCUUUGUAUAACACUUAGGCCAAAAAUGCAAUUAUUUUAUUUCAAGAACUUUAAUCAAGUUUCUCUCUCUAGUCACAUGCGACAUUUUUUAAUCGUGAAGAGAUAUCUGUGUUAUUAUAUUACAUGUAACUUAAAAAAGUAAAGUCAGAAACACAUAGAAAAAUGUAAGAUAGUGCAGAGACAUAGGCAGUAAACAAUUCGACCAAUCACAGCAGAGAACUUGACAUCAUUGCCUUACAAUCACUAUUGUGAUUAGCCAAUUCACUUACUGCUUAUGUUUUACUGCUUCAUGUUUUUUAUGUGUUUCUGUGUUCAUUAUGUUGACUAUCACUAAAUUAUCUCUAUUGGCGUACCAUUCAUAGUCUUUUAAAAAAAAUCAACGGACCAAAAUAUUGUAUUUACUGCAGUUUCUCUUCAUAGUGUUAAUACAUGAUGUUUUUAAGAAAAUGAAACGCAUUAAGAGUCGCGAUUAUUUGAUAUUAGAAAAAUGUUUAAAACUAAGGAAUAAUGAUUUAUAACGCAUAACAUCAUCGCAUAAUUGUCGUGUUCCUAUCAUAUGUAUAAGAAUUCUUUCAAAGAGAAAACUGAAAAAUUCAAGACUAAAGGCUCUUAUUUAAAGCUAAGAUAUUUCUUCAAUCAAU